UGGUUUUCUCCCUGCAGGCAUGUCUUCUGCCAGCUGUCGUCUCUCUGAGGAUCAGUUCCUCUGCUCCAUCUGCCUGGACCUGUUCACUGAUCCGGUCACCACAUCAUGCGGACACAACUUCUGCAAGACCUGCAUCACUCAGCACUGGGAUGUCAAUAAAAACUGCCAGUGUCCAAACUGUAAGAAGGACUUCAGUGCAAAACCUGAACUUGAGGUGAACACUCUGCUCUCUGAGAUGGUUGAUCAGUUCAGACUUAGAGCUCAGCAGGAAGCCAGCAGCAGCUCAGAGCAACAAGCUGCCAAACCAGGAGAAGUUCCCUGUGACGUCUGCACUGGACCCAAACUGAAGGCCCUGAAGUCCUGCCUGGUGUGUCUGACCUCCUACUGCCAGACUCACCUGGAGCCUCACCUGACCGCUCCACGUCUGAAGAAACAUCAGCUGAUGGAGCCGGUGGAGAACCUGGAGGACAGGAUGUGUCUGCAGCACGAUAAACCUCUGGAGCUGUUCUGUAGGACCGACCAGACAUGCGUCUGCUUGGUCUGCUCUGUUUUUGACCACAAGAACCACGAGUUUGUUCCUCUGAGAGAAGAAUCUGAAGGAAAGAAGGCAGAGCUGAGGAAGACGGAGGCUGAAGUUCAGGAGAUGAUCCAGGAGAGACGACUGAAGAUCCAGGAGAUCAGAGAGUCGGUGAAGAUCAGUAGAGAUGCUGCAGACAGAGAGAAAGCAGAAGGUGUUCAGGUCUUCACAGCUCUGAUGGAGUCUGCUGAGAGAGGCCUGAAGGAGCUCCUCAAGGAGAUCCAAGACAAACAGGAAACUACAGAGAAACAGGCUGAAGACUUCAUCAGAGAUCUGGAGCAGGAGAUCUCUGAGCUGAAGAAGAGGAGCUCUGAGGUGAAGCAGCUCUCACAGGAUGAAGAUCCCCUCCACCUCCUCCAAAGCUGCUCCUCCCUGAAAGCUGCUCCACCCACCAAGACCUGGACAGAGGUCAGAGUUCAUUCACCACACUAUGAGGGGACUGCGGUCAGAGCUGUGGCUCAGCUGCAGGAGAUUCUCUUCAGGAUGAAUAAACUGUUUCAGGCGGAGCUGCAGAGGGUCCAGAAGUUCGCAGCAGAGGUGACCCUUGACCCUGAAACCGCCCAUCAGCAUCUCAUCCUGUCUCCUGAUGGAAAACAAGUGAGCCACGGUGACAUGAAGACUCUUCCUGACAACCCAAAAAGGUUUUCUGUGUCUGUCAAUGUUCUGGGAAGGCAGAGUUUCUCCUCAGGCAGGUUCUACUUUGAGGUUUGUGUGAAAGGGAAGACUCACUGGACAGUAGGGGUCGCCAGAGAGUCAAUAGACAGGAAGGGAAAAACUCAUCCAAGUCCUCAGAAAGGUUACUGGACAGUCGGGCUGAGGACCUCGACCUACAAGGCCUUUUCUGACCCUGCAGUCCAGCUUCCUCUUCUGUACUCGCUGGUGAAGGUGGGAGUGUUUGUGGAUUAUGAUGAGGGUCUCGUCUCCUUCCAUGAUGUUUACACUGAAGCUCUGAUCUUCUCCUUUACUGGCUGUAGCUUCGCUCAGAAGCUCCAGCCCUUCUUCAGUCCAGGUCCGAGUUUUGGAGGCGGAAACGCUGCACCUCUCAUGAUCCUUUCUGUCAGUAAAACCGAUCGGAUCAAAAACCUUUAGGGAUCAAUUUGGUUU